UCUGGCUGGUAGGAGAGCAUUCUUGCACAGCUUCGAGGAGUGCAAAAACGAUGUGUCUCGUAGCAAGGUCUGCUGCGAGAACAAUCUGAACCACAGUGAGGGUCAUCAAUGGAGUGAAGUACGCAUUUCUGAUCCCCUUGCGUUGCUUGUCGCAAUUCAACUAGGGUGCAAAAGCAAGAGCCUCGUCAAGCGCAUCAUGCUGUUGUCCUGCUUUGUUUUAAUGGUACUGUAAUAUCAUGCGAGACGGGUCGAUCUCGAUCAUGAGAGAACCAGCUGCACCGAUGUAUUUCUAACCGCGGCGGCGGCUCCACCUCCCAGCGGGAGCAACACCAAAAACGGCGGACCUCCAGUUUGCGGCCCCGCAGCAGCCGCUGCAGCUCUAACCGGGGAUAGGAAUCUUGAGUGCUGCGGAAGCGCCUAGUAAGUAAUUAUUCUAGCCCCGGCGCAGAGGGCCCACGCCCAGGUGCGGCGGCCACGAUGGACACAAGAAUGCAACAAGCACAGGACGCACAACCUCCUCGGCCGCCGCCCGACCCAUCCCCACACGACCAAGCGGAAGAGGUCGUGCCUCCCCCACGGGCGCCGAAGUUCCUCGGGCUCCUUCCCAUGCGGAUCGGGGGGCAUAUUUUGAUGGUCCAAGCGCUCGUGCGGGGAGUCGUUUUUCUCGUCGCCGGGGCGGGCUUCAAACCGGGAAACGAGCAGUCCAAGGUGGAGCAGAUUCUCUUUUUCAUCGUGGGGGGCGUGGAUUGUUUGUCCGCGCUGGUGGGCGAGUGGGGCGUUCUCAUGGACGACGCAGACAAACUGCGGUUUUGCAUGUACUGGAGAAUUAUGCACCACAACCAAAGAAGUAGAAGUGUCGUACUAAGUAGUAGAAAUCGCAGUUUUGUUGAAAAUUUUCGUAGCAUGAUGAAAAACGAAACUUUGAGUGCUGUGUAAGUAUCCUACAAAGAUAGUACAAUCUGUCAUGCGUGAUUGCAAUUACCAAUACUAGUGCGAGUGCGAUACUUCAUUUGCACGGGAUACGAAUCUUCGCGCUCGGCUUCUUCCUACCGUACUUGUCCGGUUACAUACUGUUCGACUCCGGGGUCAUUAUCAAAUGCAAAAAUGUCUGGGUCCGGAAACUUGUGAUGCUGGGUGGCGUCUCAUGAUGAGAUGAGGCCACAAGUGCUGGCUUAGCAUGACAAGCUUCUCAGCUCCUAGGUGUUGCCUAUUCUGCAUGACAAACUGCGUUUCUGCAUCGCAGAAAAAUGGAGCUCUUGGGUAACGUGCAUGACAGAUUUAAGAGUCAUGCCAGACAAGCAUGACAAACAUGUAUUCUUCCAGACCCAGACAUUUUUGCAUUUGAUAGUCAUGGGCCUGUCACUACACCCCUUGGCGGUCGCCGGGCUUCUGGGUAUCGGCAGGGAGAAGCGAUAGGUGUGUAAGUACAUCAACACUGUUAUAAAGGUUUUUUCGCAGUUGCCAGUUUUGGUAUUAUUUUUGCACCACUCAUAAUUUUUCUCUGUCAUGGCAUCAGCGGGUGCUUCAUAAGGGUUGCAGGACGCAAUUUUUCAUGACGCUUGCAGAAAUUUCGAAUUCGAAGUUGCAAAUUUGCGAACGAGGAUGUUCUGCAUAUUUCGAAGGGUCAUGAUUUUCCUUGGCUACACAACGAUUUGCUCCCGCGAUAUUUCUUGGCGUGAUUCUGCUCGAGGGCAUCCUGUUGCGCGAGGUAAGGAAAUGUUUUCAGUGUGAUGAAGCAAGAUGAAUUUGCAUGAACAUCGAUUAUUUCACCACUAGGAACCCACUUUCGGAAGUUGUGCUUUUUAUCAGGAGGCUUAGCAGCACGGAUGGAUAUGGCCCCAUCAUGCUGGUUUUUCAUCUGGUCUGCUAAAGAUGAACUGUAACGUGUAAGACAGGAAUAUCGACGGCAUAAAUAUACUUAUUCAACAUGAAACUUACUGAAAAUUCACACCUACACACAGAACUACAAGCUUCUCCUGUACACGAUGCGCAUGAACAAAUUCCGCGCCAACAUGGGAAACCGCUUCGAACUGCCGGACUGGCUGCAAGGCGAUCCCGAAGCAGCCUACGUGAUGUGCAAGACAGUUCCCAUCACAGCCGCGGUGUCCGGUUACGCACUCUUCACCUUUGUCGCGAGCUUCGUCGGUACUAUUUAUUUUGUAGUGUCUUUUUCUUUUUCAUUUUUUCGUGUCGCCCUUGCGAUCGUCGUCACAAUCUCCUGGGUAGUAGUACACGACACCAGCAUCAAGUAAACCGAAAGAAGAAUCGAAUCCACUUCCAGGUUUGCUCUGUGUCCUUUUCUUCCCGCAAGUCGCGAUGGCGUUCGGUUUUUUUUCCCGGCUCUCCCCAGAGACCACCGUGAUUCUGGCGAUCGUAAACUUCCUCGGGCUCUACUACUGCGUUUACUGCAUCCUGGCUAUUCAGCACGGGCAGCCCGAAGAGCUGAAGUCCUAUUUGAUUUACCAGCUGUUCCGGUUUUGCGUCAUGAUCCCGAUCCUCAUCGUGAACGCGCUCAUGCUAUCCGGAGCAAAAUACACGACAACAACUCGUGGUAAAUGCGUACAAAUGUUCGCAGAGGGUGCUGCAGCAGAAAUAGCAUCGCUCUGCGUUUGCAAAUUUUGGUUUUUCUUGGAACUGAAACUGAAAAUUGGAUAUGGCUUUGUUUGGAACUGUCUAAACUGAGAACGGAACUUUUUCGCGACUCUUGGAUCCUUCCCCGCCUGUUCUCGUGUUUUUUCAAAAAAAAGAGGCGAGACUGAGAACGGAACUCGAAGCCGUGAAACAAGUGCGGAAACGGAAACGGAGAAAAAUCCGAGAAGCCCCGGCCGGCCAGCGCACAGGCGGCCGAGCCAUCUCGGCUGUCUGCUAGAAGCGUGGCGACCUUCGAAGCAAAGCAAAUCCCUGAGCGGGGGAGGCCUAAGCCCCGUGGUGCCCCUCUCUUGCGCGCCCUCCUGUCGCUGCGCGGCGUUUUUCUUGAUGUUGUUUCUAUAGCCAAGCAGAGUCACCUUCAGCAAACGGGCCGAGCUUGCGCGCUCAGCCGGAUGCUUGGGCGGGGAUGCCAGAGAAGGUCGCCCGCCCGCGAAGUUAGGCGCGGCGGAGCUUGCUGCCAGAGAGGCCUGGCCAUGAAAUUAAUAACCGGCAGCAACCCGCGAGGAGGGCCGAGCUCCCUACCAACCUAAUGAGGCUAGCGGUGGCCGUCCAACAGCGGGAAGCAAGGAACACAAUGAGCCCGGCCGCCGUAUAAUAGAUACAACCACCCAAGCCUGCGCUCUAGCUGCCACUGCUGGCCCGCGCUCGUCUAGCAACCGCUGCAUGGAGAGCCUGCCACGGCAAUUGGGCUGUUUGCCUUUCCAUCGGUUAUCCCGCAGUCUUCCGCACCCAAGGAGGGGCUCGUCUCUUGGAUGUGACAACCACAUCCAAGGGGCCCUGGGGCACGGAAGACUGCGAAAGAACUGCCGGCGUUGGAGCUAAGGCUGGGCGGAGGGCCGUAUCUAUGCCCCACUGCUGUAAAGCUAAUCGGCCCAAAAAAGGGCGCCCCAACUUCCGCCACUGGGGGGCCACAUCGGCCUUCUUCCAUCGAUCAUGAGAACAGCGCGCCGCGCGUCUCCCCAGCAUCGGGAGCUAGGUGGCGUCUGACCUUUUAGCCCCACAUAGGGGGCUAACUUUCCUGGCCUACGCCUCUAAUAGGAGCAACGCCUGGAAGUUUGCCGCCGCCGCUGGCACCCGCGCAUAUCCGCGGGACGCCAACCAUUAGCAAGAAGAACACACAUAGACGGGGCGGGGGCCGUGGCAAACGAAUGGCGCGGGGCGGACGCAAAUCCCGCAAAUUUUGUCCCCCCUAAGAGAAGAAGGAAAGAGAGAAAAACAGAAAACGAAACUUGAAGAAGAAAACGAGCUUGAAGUUGAAGCUGAAGAGAACGAAAAAAAACAACACACACGAAAGGAAACGGAAUGGCGACAAGUGCGAAGCGCCACGGUGUGGUGGCUGUUGGUUCCGUUCUCAGUUUAGAUAGUUCCGAAAAAAUCCGAUCCCCUGAAAAUUUCUAUGUUCAUACCUGCGAUGAAGAUCUGUAUAUAUUUUUCCCACGAGUUUCUUUGAUUUUUGCCAUGCAUACAUGAACAACACGUGCAAGAUGUACGACGAGACCAAGAAUGCCGUCGGCUACGGGUCCAGCAGCAACAACGCCGCGCACAACGCCACAACGGUGAACUUUUCGUGCUCCGCCAAGGAGCAAGUGUACUGGGUGUUCGUCGUGAUCGGCUUCGUCAUUCACGCAUAUUUCAUCAACAUCAGCUACCUUUUAUCAGAGUGGAAACUUUUCCUUUUGCUCGGCAUCGAAUGUGAGUACAGUACUUAGCUAUGCUGCCCCUUGAUGACAAAAAUGAAAUGGGUACGCUCAAAAUUCCUACUGGUGUUGCCAUCCCGCAUCUGUAUUUAUUCUUCCGAUCGUGUUUUUCUUUUUGCAUGGUCAUGAUUGAAGCAAGACAGUAGACAGAGUAUCAGCAUCAAUGCUACGACUUAAGUACAUUCAUCUGGAGGGCCGGGAGUUUUCGAUUGGAUUCUUGCUCUACGUGCGUUACGCCAAUGUGGCAGCGGAAUACAGAAAGUCCAUGGAAGCAAAACAGAUCCUGUACGGGAGCAUGGAGCGGUAUGCAGGGGGAAAAGCAGAAGAGUGACGUGUUGAUAGUGCCGUGUCAACGUGAUCGUGGAGUUUUGUUGCAUGUAAGGUAUGAUCAAACUACUUCUUGGUCCCGCGCGUGUGGUGCGAGUAUGUAAGUAUGGAUGAGUUGUGUUGACAUGUUCGACAGGCUGUUUGUAGUCGUCUCGUACUACCUGAUGCAUCGCGGCGACAAACUGUUGAUGGUCUCACUACCACUGCUUCCUGAGUCGGCAGCGUGCAGUUCGGUGAGUCUUCGCUGGCUUUUCACGUUCCAUAAACUGGAAAAGACGAGCAGGAACAUCAUCGAUGCGGAUCUGUUGUGA